UUUUACUGCCGUUGUUAGUGCAUUAGUUUCGUUGAAUGAAAGUUUGUAAAAAAUCUUACUAGGUUUUAUAAUUAAUACACAGAAUGUCAGAAGACUUGAUUGGUAGUGAGGAUGAGCCAGAUUAUUCAGUUUUUGAAAACAAAACUGGCCUAGCAGAAGAUAUGAAGUUUCUGGCAAGUAUGCCAGAGCUGUGUGACGUUACCUUUUUAGUGGGAGAGACACGGGAACCAGUUUGCGCUGUGAAGGCCGUCCUAGCAGCAAGAAGCAGAGUGUUUCACAAAAUGUUGUAUGGACAACAACAACAAACUCUGCGAGAAAAUCCACAAAGAAAACGAGAAUCAAGCAAAGAAACAAAAUUAAAGCUAUUCCUUAAAAGAAGCAGUGAGCCAAUAUUGAAUAUUCAGUUUCCCCAGACUCCAGUAAAUGCUCACCAAACUUUGAUUGUGGAAGAGUUUGAACCGGAUGUCUUCCGACAGCUGAUUGAAUACAUUCACACAGGCUGUGUCACUCUGCAGGCUAGAACACUUCUCGGUCUAAUGAAUGCAGCUGACUAUUAUGGGCUGGAUGAACUGAGACGAGCAUGUAUGGGGUUUGUUCAGUGUUGCAUCAACGUAGACACUGUUUGUGCUCUGUUAUCAUCUGCUGAAAAGUACAUACAGUACAAAUGUACUAAAUCAUUAGUACAGAAGGUUCUUGAAUUUGUUGACAACCAUGGAAAUGAAGUUCUCAGUCUUGGAUCGUUUGCACUGCUUCCUCUGCAUGUGGUUCGACUGAUUCUGUCAAGAGAGGAGCUGAGGGCAGAUGAGUUGACUAAAUUUCAAGCAGCCAUGCACUGGAGCAAGAGGUAUUGUGACAACAUGGUGAGCAGUAAUUUGAGGGACACAAUGGCAAACUUUAUUGAGUGUAUUGAGUUCUAUAAGAUUCCUGCAAGUGUACUAAUGAAGGAAGUUCACCCACUGGGAGUAAUUCCUGAUCAUGUUAUAAUGAAUGCUUUAGCUUACCAAGCAGACCCUUCCAGUGUGGAUGUCAACAAACUGAGUUCCCCAAAUCGCUUCCGCCGGGCCAGCCUCCAGCCUACACACCUAUCAGGAGAGAUGGAUCCUAGUAUUUUGGCUUGUAUUAGUGCUGGAGCUCUGCCUCCCUUCCAGGAAGAGUCUGAAGAAACACGCAGCAAAAGCAAGCCAGUAGGAUGUAAAAGGGUCUUAAGGCCAUAUAGACGGAGUAAAACUGUGGCUGAAAGCUAAGAAGAUAUUAACGUAAAGAAAAUGGGAAAGGAUCCAAAUGUAUGUUCAACAUACUUAACAGUAAUAGAAAAAAGCAACCCAAGGGAGAUACCUUCUCCACCUGCAGGGAAUAUUGUUGUAAAAUUACACAUUGUAGAAGAAGGUCAAUGACAGCAGUGGAGCAGAUGAUAUCAAGAGUUUACGACCUCCCCAUGUUGAAUGAGAAUGUCCAGUCAUGUGGGUAGUGUUAGUCUCUAUGUGUAAACUUGACAUUUCCCAUUAAGUAAGAAGCAUUGCUACAAAGGAAAUUAAGCAAGUCAGUUGAUGGGAAGACAUCUGGA